AUGGCGGAACAUUGGGCGUGGACAAAAGAUUUUGUGAAGUCUCGCAUCACCUCGCAAAUCGCGGGGGCGCUGUGGGAGUACCCUCCAGGUGGCUGUGGGUUGACCGAGGUUGUAUCUGCGGGUAGAGGAUGGUCCACACUGGAACACUACCAAGAAUGGGCUCUGCAGAGCUACGAGUUCUACAAAAAACUCGCAGAGAUACAAAAUUCCCAUGAAAGAAGAGGGCGGUCAUUCGGACUGAAUAUCACCCAGCUCCACCAGUUCUUUUUUGAGCCGAUUGAGCUUAAAAGGGACACUGGCCGUGACCCUAACGCGAACGAUAGCCAUGCCAUCAAACUGCAGGGUAUCGAAGAAGCUGUUGAUGACCACAGAAUGCAUGGCUACAAGAGGUACAGGACGAAAGAAGACCUCGAAAGGGAGUUUAAGGAUUUCAGUUUCAGCCGUGACUACCGUGGAGGCUUCGAAUGUGGCUAUACUCAUGACGCCCCGAUUAUCAAUACGGACAAGGCCAUGGCAUAUCUCAUGGCCCUGGGCAAGGGUUUAUUGGAGAUUUUUGACGCUAAUGCCGUGGUGAAUGCCACCGGCCUCGGUGCUAAAGAUUUACUCGGUGACGAGGACGUUUACCCCGUCCGUGGCGCCAUUCUGAGAGUUGAUAACACUCGUAAUGGACAGUUCAAUCACUUGAAUAACGCCUACCUAGUUCCCGCGCAGAAGGACAAUAAUGGGGUGCCCGCCGGCGUCGUUUUCAUUGUUCCCCGGAAUGACGAUAUUCUCUAUAUCGGAUCAAUCAUCCAGCCACAUAAUGACCAGGCGAAUCUAGAGCCUGGUUCGCCUGAGGUUCGCGUUAUGUGGGAUCGCGCUGCAGAAUUCAUGCAAAGCCUUCGACAUGCUGAGUUUGUGCAUCACUACCCGUUUGCUCAAGGUCUGCGGCCUUUUACCAAGAAGAACGUCAAGGUGAGAGCAGAUACGCAGGCUGGCUUUCCGUUGGUUCACAACUAUGGACACGGAGGUUCGGGCUGGACAUUGGGCUUUGGGACUGCUCGCUGUGCAGUCUACAUCUUAAAAGCGCUUCUCGAAGAGGAUUAUGAUGAAGCGGACGAAAAAUGGAACCAAAAAGCGGAAAAGAUCAACGAGGAGAUAUAUGGAAAGCAAAAUUAG